CCGGUCGAGCCGCGCUGGCAGCGCUGAUAAGGUGAGGCGUGACGACUGAAGGCGCAUGUGAGACGUGCCGCGGCGCGCGUGUAUUGCAACAUCGGCUUAGUUCAGCACGCGCGCCUGAAAAUACACCACGAGAGGGGUGUACACGAUCUAAACUACCACCACAAUCUCAACUACCACUCGUCGCACUACGGGUGGAUUACGGAUUUCGCGCAGGCUCCAGACUAACGGAGCGUGUUCUUCAGAAGCAUUCACCGACUUUCCGGCUGACCACUGAACCCCAGCUCAAGACAGCAGCUGGCAUCAUGUGUUCAAACUGGAACAUCCUCUCCUCCAUGGAAAGCCCGGACUUCGACCCGUUCCAAAUAUUCGAGGUGGACCAUGACUCGUGCCAAGUACUACAAGUAACCGUUCUGCGUGGGGACAACAUCACCAUGGGCAGGGCCCGCGACAUGUUGGACACGCCCGACCCGUAUGUGGUGCUGUCUGUACCGGGUACCAACGGCGGAUCGCAGCGCACGCGGUGUGUCGACAACUGCACCGAUCCCGUCUGGAACCAGGAGUUCCAGUUCCUGUACGACGCCGAGACCAACAGGGUACUAGAGAUCAGCCUGGUGGAUGCCAACGUAGUCGUGGAUUACGUGAUCGGCGUUAGCAAAGUGGAUAUAGCAGACCUGAAACUGGAUGAAGAAGCACAGAUCAAGGUCACGUUUGGAGAGAAUUCUUUUGUGCAUUUGAGGCUACGGAGAUUACCCAAUGACAGCUCAGACCUGAGGUUCAGCCUGACGUUGUGUGAUGAAGAGAAACAAUUCCGGAGGGAGCGGCGUCAGCGUUGCAUGGAAGCCAUGAACGCCUGCUUCGGCCAGCAGGCUGGACUGGUGUCCCCUCUGAAGAUUCCUGUUGUGGCCAUGUUGGGGUCCGGCGGAGGCUUCCGCGCCAUGAUCGGCCUCUGCGGCGUCUUCAAGGCGCUCCAGGACUCGGGCAUCAUCGAGAUGUGCAUGUAUCUGGCCGGCCUAUCUGGCUCCACCUGGUUCCUGAGCCAGCUGUACACUGACCCGCGCUUUCCUGACCUGCCCACCGACGAGGUGAUCGCCUACUUCCGGAAGCACAGCGGAGCCGGCCUGCUCUCACACCUCGGCGCCCAGUCUAUGAUGCGGUACAUGAACAGCCUGGUGGGGAAGUCGGUGCAGGGCCAGCCGAUCAGCUUCACCGACUUCUUUGGGAUGCUGCUGCGGGACACGAUCGUGGAGAACAAGGAAGCCACGCUGACGACCAUGCGACGGGUGCUCGAGCGUGGGGCAGCUCCCAUGCCGCUCUUCACCAGCCUUCACGUCAAGAAAAAUGUGUCCGCCAAGGUGUUCCAGGAAUGGGUGGAAUUCACACCCUUCGAAGUGGGCAUCCCCAAGUAUGGAGCCUUCAUGGACGCUGCAAAGUUCGGCAGUCGGUUCUUCAAGGGGAAAAUUGCCAAGCCCUUCCCGGAGUACCCGCUGCAUUUCCUGCAAGGCAUCUGGGGGAGUGCCUUCACCAUCCUGUUCAAGCGUCUGGUCAGAACUGCACACGGCCAACGACAGGCUCUUGGCGAAGACGCCGAAAUCCAGAAUCUUCGUGACCUGGAGGAAACGAUGGACGAUGAGGACAUAGAAGCAGAUGAGGUUGACGACGGAUGUGAAGGCGUGAUCGCAGGGUGCACUGCUGGAUGCGAUGAGGAGGCAUCCACCAGCGACAAGAAAGAGACAAACUUCUGGAAAAAAGAAAAGGAGCACCGGGACCAGGUGCUGACGGAGAAGAAGACGGGCAUCUGGGAAGGCAUGAUGCAGGGCCUGAUGGCCAGCUCGAUGCUCAACAGCAGGGCCGGCCGGGCGGGUGCCAUCUUCAACCCUCUGUACGGGCUGCGCAUGCUCAACCGACAGCCGCUGUCACCUUUCACGGGCCCCGAGGAGGAAGCUGACGACGAGGCGGAUUUCGCCCGGAUGCACGAGAUGAUGGACACGACGACCGAAAAGAUCUUGCUGGUGGAUGCCGGACUCACAUUCAACUCGCCAUACCCAGUGUUGUUGAGGCCUCAGCGCGGCGUGGACCUCUACAUCUCGUUCGACUUCAGCGGCAGGGAAGACGACAACAAGGAUCUCUUUCAGGAGCUGGAGCUGGCGGAGACUUGGGCGCGGAAAAACAAACUGCCUUUCCCGCCAAUUCGGGAGCAGGUGGCCCAGUUCGAGAGGGAACCGCUGCGGGAAAUGUACAUCUUCAGGGGCAACGAUUGUCCCACCAUCAUGCACUUCGUCCUGGUGAACACCUCGUUCAGAAAGUUCAAGGCCCCAGGCGUUCCAAGGGAAACCGAGGAGGAACUCGAGUUUGGCGACUUCAACAUCUUUACCGGUGGCCAGCGAGCCUUCGGCACACUCAACUUUCGCUACGAUUCCAAUGAUUUCGACCGGCUUUCCCAGCUCAUGGAGUAUAACACAAAACUUCACCUGGACCUCAUCCGGGCGGAAAUCCUCCGCGCCAUCGAGGCCAAGAAGCUGACGAGCCGUGCGAGCUUGAAAGACAUCAUCAGGAUGAAGAUGUUGUCGAAAAACAAGGAGAACUUUAUAUCCCUGGUGCGGGAGAUGCAAAAGACUGGCGCGAGUUCGUCGAACGGAGCGGGACCGAGCGCGGCCGGCAGCGGCGGCGGGUCGAACCCGGGGCCGUCUGGCGCCGGCUGGCCGCUGGCGGCUGCGCCUCCGGCCUCAGAGCGUGCCGCCGCCGUGCUCGAGCGGUUCGUCUCCGCCCAGGACCUGCUGGCCGAGAGUCGGUCUCCGGUGGCGGCCGCGGCAGCCGACCCCGUGCACCGGCUGAUCGAGCGGUUCGCGUCGGCCCAGGACCUAUUGGCAGGAGCGGACGCGCCAGAGGCGGCAGCAAGAGAGACGCCAAAGACGAUACCAAGAGAGACGCCGGAGUCGGCACCAAGAGAGACGCCUGAGUUGGCACCAAGAGAGACGCCGGAGGCGGCACCAAGAGAGACGCCGGAGUCGGCACCAAGAGAUACGCCGGAGGCGGCACGAAGAGAACCGCUGGAGGCGACACGAAGAGAACGGCCAGAGGCAGCACCAAGAAAGACGCCGGAGUCCGCCAACGUCCUCUAGCUCUGGAGACGGCUGGCUAGCUUAGGUAUCGGCUGAACCGUGGUCGUGAACGUGAUGCAGCCGAGUGACAAGAUGCUUCGGCUCGAUGCAAAGCUUCUAGUCGUUAGGAUACAAAAGUGUGGAAGGUUUUGGGAUGAGAACUACGGUUCCGUUUUAAUGCGUGGUUAAGGUGUGAGAGGAAUGUACAUUCCAGUGCCAUUGGGGUGUGGACAUAACUUGCCCGUUUCUUAGGGAUGAAGCAUGUUUAGAUGUUAUCUUACCUUAGAUGUGUUGAGUGUCACAUCCACGUUCGCUGUUACGGUAGGCUUGGCUGAUAACAGUGGUAAAAUAAACUUCAGAGGAGGGAAAUACAGGAUGGCGACGUUGCGUAUUGCCGUAGCGCUGCAGAAAGGGCAUUUUACCGUCGGUUCCUGGGACUGUGGCUGGAAACAGGCUUUUGCAACAAUGCACAAUAUUCCUUACUAUGCCUGGGAUCCAUACUGCUCUCUCGAAUCAUUAUGUGGAGCAUGCACCCUUAUGUGGCAUUUUAGGUGUAGAGCUCGAUUCACGAUCGUCUUACAGGUGGCUAGUUUUGACGACGUGGCACACACAUUCGUCAUGAUUCCAUAAAGGCCGUGCUGCUGUUUUAUCCUGUGUCUUGUCUUUAUUGUCCAGGUCAUUCGAAAGUGAUAUCGGACGGAUGAACUCCUGUGCGCUACCAUCUACAGACUGUCAUGCUGUACCUGAACCUGUCUUUACACAUCACAUGCUGCAAUCGGUGCUGCAAUAGUGUUCUGCAAAAUAUAUUGU